CAUUGAAGAACAAGGUGUACCGUGUAUGUAAUUAGGAAUGCACUGGGUGAAGGUAGACUGUAGUGGCAGUAGUGUAACUGGUAGACACCAGUGGUAGACAUAUGUUAGGAUGGUGGAAGAGAUUGGUAGAGAGCUGGAAUAAUUACCGUUAUCGUUUUGUUCCAUGGAUCAUGGUUAAUAUGAAGAACAGGCACGUUAGAAAAGUUCUCGGAUCAUCCAAUGAUAAUGUCAUUCCUGAAACAGUAGUUCUCAGAACCUUUGAAAAGUAUUUUAACGAACUUGAAAAACAUGUCACGAACAAGACGAUCUCGUGUGAGAAAAUAAUGACGAAUGCGCUCGGCUUUUCAAUAACUCGUUCAUCAAGCAAAGUUUCAGGAACCGGAGUUGUUGUGUCAAAUGGCAGAGUUAAAAAAGGAAGUCUUGUUUCUAUUUAUCCAGGGACCGUUUAUCAAUCCUAUGAACCAAUAUUCUUCCAGUCCCUAGCGAAUUCAUUUAUAUUCAGAUGCAUCGAUGGCAUACUCAUUGAUGGUAAAGAUACGGGUUUAUCCAGGAUAAUUUACAGAUCAUGUUGUCAAAGGGAUUUGGUUGGCGAGAAGUUUACAUGUGAUAUGUCUUGGCUUACACCUAAUCCUCACAACCUUUUAGCGAUUGGACAAUAUGUGAAUAAUGCCACACGUGAAUUCGCUGCGAACGUAUCCUACCAAGAAUUGAAUAUACCAAGCAGUUUUCCCCUGCAGUAUUUGAAAUAUAUUCCGAACGUAAACUACAAUUUCAGAACAUACAAAUCUGAAGUAAUUCAUGUAAGAAUCGUUGUUUUAGUUGCUUUGAGAGAUAUAGAACAAGGUGAAGAGUUGUUUUCUUCAUACUUUACUGUUGUUUGCUAAGGAAAUAUGCAUUUAUACAUUACCAAUUGACGAUCAGUGAUACCCAAGAACAAAACAAGGUUACAUUGGAACCACAUUAGUUCCUGUAUGACCUUAUUCUCAGGAUCUUGCUCGGCUGAGAUUUAUUACAUGCGAAUGGUUAUCCUCUCAUAUUCUUUAAUUAAUUUCGUUCGGGAGAUUGAAAAUUGACAUUAUUAAUUUGCAUUUGUGGUUAGGCGAAUUUCACUAACAAUAACACAAAGCUGCAUGGGUUUUCAUCAAGUAUCGCAGAUAUAUUUAGCUAUAGACAUGUACUAAAGUAACUAAAUUAAAAGAUUUCAGUAUUUUUAUGAUAUAAAAUGUACUAAAACUAUAUCAAACUAGAUCAAACAAUUACAAUAAAAGAUAGGAAAGGAAUUUUAGGUACUAUU